AAUAAAUAAGUUUAUCGCAUUUAUAAAUAAACGAGAUCUAUUAUACCGUGGCAAAGAAUAGGAUCGUAUAAUAUUUAAACGAUAAAUUUAACAGAUAACUUAAAUUAAAAUCAUAGUCGAUGUUACGUGAUUAUGUUAAAUAAAAAAAAAUCACAUUGUAGUGCUUACAAGGUUAUGUACGGAUACGAUGAUCCAUGUACGGCACGCCGCUCACCAAAGAAAUUGUCGAACGCCAUAGACGAUUGUAGAGCCGACAAUGCGACCGCAAAAGUGUGUAACGACCGUGGCCAGUGCAUUUGUGGUUUUUGCGAGUGUUUUUAUCGGACCAAUCCAACGGAAAGGAUUUAUGGGAAAUAUUGCGAGUGCGACAAUUUUUCGUGCGAGCGCGUUAAUUCACGGCUGUGCAAUGGUCAUGGGAUUUGUUCAUGCGGUACCUGUCAUUGCUCACCAGGAUGGACCGGUACUGGUUGCGAUUGCAGCACGUCCACUACUAGUUGCAUAGAUCCAGAAAAUAACGAUGGACUUUGUAAUGGUCAUGGAGAUUGCGUUUGCGGGGAAUGUAACUGUCAGGAGGAUCAAGAUGGAAGAUAUACUGGCAGAUAUUGUCAAAGAUAUAAGACAAAAAUGAACCUUCUAUCUUAACGACUGAAUUGAUUUCAAUUUUGAUUUCAUCGGAAAAGAAACUUUUGCAUUUGUUUGUUUGUUUGUUUGUUUGUUUUUUUUUUUAAUAUAAAUUAUUUAUAAUAAAACGAAGAAGAAGAUAUUUAAUAAAAUUACGAUCGUUUACAGAAGUUUUUAUAAAUGUAUACAAAGAGAGAGAAAGAGAGAGAGAGGGAGGGAGAGAGAGAGAGAGAGAGAAAGUAAUGAUAAUAUAAAAUAAUCGAUGCUGACGUACAGACUCAAUUUUGAUUAUCUCGAAAGAAAACGUCAAAUGAUUCAUAAAUAGAAAGAAUAAACGAUGAGAUGAAAUUUUUGUUUCUCUUCUUUGUUUUAUAUUUUUAAUUUAAAAAUUUUUAUCAUUCACAAGUGAUCAGAUUCUUUAUAUUUUAUUUGUUUAUUUAUUUAUUUAUUUAGAGAGAGAGAGAGAGAGAGCGAGAAAAUAAGAAAGAGACAAAUCGCACUUGAAAAUAUUUAUUUAAUGAUACACUCUGAUCGUUUUAUCGCGGUAUCAUUUCCGUGAAAUACCGCAGUAUCCUUCCUUUUAGCUCGUUAGUCAUUAGCCGUAUGUGAAAGUUUUUUCAACGGCCUCGGAAUAGUUUUCGCCGAUGCGAAUAAAACGUUGCUAACUAAAACGAUUAUGAGUCGUUUAGACGUUGCAAUCGUCUUCCCUGUACAAAACGUGUAUUAUCUUUUUCUUUUAUUUUUUUUUCUUCCUAUCAUCGUUAUAUUAGUGUCAGCCGAACAGAAAAAGGAUCCAGAUAGUCUCUGUGCCUUACAAGAGACAUGCGGGAAAUGUUUGCAAACGUCAAAUUGUGUUUGGUGUUCGACAAAUGCUUUCGGAACGAAUGGACAAAUAGUACGUUGCGUAACAAGAGAUAAAUUUCAAAGGGAAGGUAAUUUAUGGUGUAAAAGUUCCGACGUGAUUGAUAUCAAAAGUACGAUGACUAUUUUGGAAAAUCGUCCGUUGUCAUCUUCGAAAGGAGAAAAUCCGGUUCAGAUACAACCGCAACGAAUAAAAUUACGUUUGAGAAGAGACGAGGAAUAUCGAAUUAUAUUGAAAUAUACCCAAGCAGAGGAUUAUCCCGUUGAUCUAUAUUAUCUUAUGGAUUUAUCCGCCACGAUGAAAAAAUACAAAGAGAAAUUGUCUGAAUUGGCAUUGAAAUUGGAGGAGGCUAUGUGGAAAUUAACGUCGAAUUUUCGUCUUGGUUUUGGAAGUUUCAUCGACAAAGUUGUCCUACCGAUGAGUAAUACACAUCCGACAUGGUUGAAAAAUCCCUGUUACCCUAAAUCGAAAUGUGCACCUGCGUAUGGAUUCAAACAUCAGUUGUCUCUUACAGACAAUGUAACACUUUUCAAGGACAAAGUGAAGGAAAUACCGGUUUCCGCAAAUAUCGACUUUCCCGAGGGUAGUUUAGAUGCUUUGAUGCAGGCAAUAGUUUGUACCAAUGAAAUUGGAUGGCGUGAGAAGGCUCGACAUUUGCUCGUUCUUUCGACGGACGCGAGUUAUCACAUAGCAGGAGACGGAAAAUUGGCCGGUAUAGUCGAACCAAACGAUUGUCAAUGUCAUUUGGACGAAGAGGGAUAUUAUAGUUAUUCGUCUCUUCAAGAUUAUCCGUCCAUUGCUCAGAUCCAUAAAAAAUCACGAGAGCAUAAUAUUAAUAUUAUAUUUGCCUUGCCGAAAAAGAAACACACUCAGGUUUAUAAGAUUUAUCAACAUUUAAGUAAAAUCAUCAGUGGAUCGUCCAUCGAUACAAUGGAGGGCAACGGUCAAAAUAUCGUUGCCCUUAUCAGCAGACAAUAUGAGCAAUUAGUGAGUUCCGUGUCGAUGAUGGAUAAUAAAUCGAGGUUUAUCGACGUUAAAUACUAUUCGCGAUGUUUGAAUGCAACCGAAAAAUUAAUGGAAAGAAACGAAUGCGGUGGAUUACGUGUGGGUAACGUAAUCGAAUUCGAGAUAGUUCUGAAGGCGUACGAGUGCCCGACGAGUCCUCUUGAACGGCAAGAAUUAUUGCAAAUAAAGCCACGAGGAAUAAACGAGCGUUUGAUCGUCGAAAUAGAAAUUAUUUGUGAUUGUCCUUGCGAGAGGAAAGAAAAUACUGAGUUGAAUUCAUUGGGAUGCAAAGAAAGAGGCACGUUGACUUGCGGUAUGUGCUUUUGCAACGAAGGUUUUUACGGUAAACAAUGCGAAUGCGAGGGACAUGAGUUCGGUUCGGUUAGUCAGAACUUAACAGAAGAUUGCAAGGCAAGCAACACGAGUACCGAGAUUUGCAGCGGUCACGGAACUUGCAAAUGUGGUGUAUGCAAUUGCGCGAAACGCCAGAACCCGCAGGAAGUCUUUUAUGGGAAGUACUGCGAAUGCGAUAACUUCUCUUGCAAACGAAGCGGAGAUGAGGUCUGCGGCAAACACGGUAAGUGCGAAUGCGGUAAGUGCAAUUGCCGGCCAGGUUUUAGCGGCGAAACCUGUGAUUGCAAAGAGACCAACAGCACGUGUAUUCCGCCCUCGAGGGAUAAUGCCGAGGAAAGCUUGACGAUUUGCAGUGGCCGCGGCGACUGCAUCUGUGGAAAAUGCCACUGUCACGAGAAGGAUAAGAUUCGAUAUUCUGGGGAUUUUUGCGAGGAGUGUCCGAAUUGUCCCGGUCAGAGAUGCGAGGAAUUGAAAGAUUGCGUCGAAUGUAUGGCUUAUGGGCUUGGUCCAUUGGCAAAAAAUGGAACUUGCGAUUGUUUAUAUCGAAUCGACAUUGUAGACAUUGUAAGAGAAGAUCCUGAAAAUGAUUAUAAAUCGGAUGCUCACUUUUGUCGUACCGACGGUGAUCAAGGUUGUUUCUUUCUUUUCAAAUAUGCGUACGUAGGAAAAGAUAACAUGAUAAAGAUUUUAGUGCAAAAGGAGAGAGAAUGUCCAGUACCAAUCAACGUAUUAGGCGUUACAUUGGGCGUCGUAAUGGGUACAAUAUUUCUAGGCUUAUUGAUUAUUUUAAUAUGGAAGAUAUAUACUAUGAUUCACGAUAAGAGAGAAUACGAAAAAUUUCAAAAAGAAUGUUUAUUGGCCAGAUGGGAUCGAGGUAACAAUCCCCUCUACAAGCAGGCAACGUCAACCUUUAAGAAUCCUACGUUCAACGAAAAUAUAUAGAGUGAUAUAAUGAUAGAAUAAAUCGAUAUCAUUUAAUAAUCAAUGUUAGUUUAGAGAAGAAGAAAAAAAGAAAAAGAAAAAAUUAAUUGUAAUCAUUUGAAAUUGUUGUAUACAUUUGUUGUACAAUUGUUGUCAACAAACACACAUGCACACACAUAUUAUAUAUACAUAGAUGAUAUCGCAUA